AUGUUGCCGUACAUCGGAGACAACAGCUACCAGAACCAGUUUCCAUCGCCGGAGAUUGAAAUCCCGGCGAUAUGGAAGCUUUCAUACGGACACGAGGAGACUGCUCCUCCUUGUCCUCGUUGCGCAUCUUCCAACACCAAGUUUUGUUAUUACAACAACUACAGUUUGUCUCAGCCUAGAUACUUCUGUAAAGGUUGCCGUCGUUACUGGACCAAAGGCGGCUCUCUCCGCAACAUUCCUGUCGGCGGAGGCUGUCGCAAGAGAAGCCGCAGCAGACAGAACAGUCACAAAAGGUUUGGUCGGAACGAGAAUAGACCUGAUGGUCUUAUUAGCCAAGAUCAUGAUGGCUUCCAGUCCAGCUCUGCUGCUUCCGAUAUUGAUUUGGCUGCGGUUUUCGCGCAGUAUGUGACUGAUCGGAGCCCUUCUAGUACAGAUAAUACUACUGGAUCCGAUCAAGAUUCACCGGUAACAACAACCAGUCAGGCUUUAGAUUCAUUGAAUUGGGAUAUCUGCCAAGUAACCGAUGCGAACCUUGGAUUCUACGGGGAGUUCAACCAGAAGAUCCAAGAAGAUCAACGAGGAUUUGGUCAGUUUCUCCAAGAAGAUCAAGAGGAGAUCUUCGAGUUCCAGGGUUUACUUGAUGACAAAGAUAUUCAAGAGAUCCUGGAAUGCUCAUUCUCAGAGGAGCCAGACCAGUUAAUUUCUCAGGGGAGCUUCAUGAUCAAUGGUGAUAACUGGAGUUCAACAGAUCUUACCAAGUUCGGGAUUUGA